AUGACCAGUCUCUCGAAAACCUUUCAAGACGCCGUCCUAGUCACUAGAAGACUUGGAAUCAAAUACAUCUGGAUUGACUCACUGUGUAUCAUCCAAGAUUCCAAGCUCGACUGGGAAACAGGUCUGUGA